GGUUGGAAGAUGUGCGAAAGCGGAUGAAGCACGCGCACCAUCAGCUGCAAUCAUCUAUACAUGCGGAUGAGCUCAGGAAUUGAAUUAGCAUAGGGGUAACCGACCUUGACUUCAGGGUCGCUUUUCAUGACCUUCUUGAUUCUUGCGAGGGGAAGUGGUGGAUGUCGGUAGUCUGGGGUUUCCUGCUCAGCAGUAUCAAUCUGUCGCUGCCAAAAGGAGCGCAAGAAAUCGGGAAGCGGUUCUCCUGGGCGAACAUAGGGCUCAGUGUUGUUGGCCAUCCGGUGUUGCUUCAAACAGAGUUUCCAACUUGUGAACUCGUUGUUAACUCUGGUGUAUCUUGAGUACGACGCUAGGCGACAACUGAGCGAGUACCGAGCGCUCAGUAAGCCCGAAGCAGGACCCCGGAGAGUCCAUUUACGUGGAAUACCGACAAUGUUCAACUUGCAACCUCUUCAUCUCAUAACAAGCCUCCCCAUUUCACUCGUCCUCUACAUCGUCAAGGCCCAGUUGCGAUUGACCUAUACCCUCGAGCCCGCCAUGCGAGUGCGUCUUGGAUUCACCACGGUCGUUUCAAUAUCCCUCUCCCUACUAUUCUCCACAGUCGUCGCAGACCCUUCACCAAGCACUGGGUCGUCGCUCUACCCACCAGGUCUCUUGCCUCUCAUAAGCAGAGCCGAUGGGUUAUUGUCCGUUGGACAAUUCAAUGAUGCAGUAAAGGCUUAUUCUGAAGCCAUAGAACAAUCACCUGCCGACUAUGUCCUCUACUAUAAGCGUGCGACUGCCAAUUACUCCCUCAACCGUCACCAGCAGGCCUUGGCCGACUUCGAUCAGGUCCUCUCGUUAACUAAUGACACCUUUGACAAGGCAUUCCUUAUGAAGGCUCGCAUACACGCUAAGGACGGUCGUUUCCAAGCUGCUAGGGAAGCUAUUCGGAGGUAUCACCAGAAAGUCAAGAAUGACCCACAAGUACAAGAGAUUCUCAUGUCCAUUUCUGAGGGCGAAAUGGCCAGCAAGAAGGCAGUUCAAGCCAAGAAGGCAAAACUAUGGCAAGCCUGCGUUGAGGCUGCCAGUACUGCGCUUGCGACUGCUUCCUAUUCUGCCGAUUUGAGGCAUCUCCGAGCAGACUGUGCAUUGGCGAGCGGUGAUAUUGAGAGUGCGGUUGGGGAUUUAACACGACUGACACAUAUAACCACACCGUCGACGGAGUUGCUCAUGAAGAUCUUCCGUCUUUCCUAUUUCUUACUUCCUUAUUCGCCCACUUCUUCCCCUGCUCUUUCGACCCUCAAGCAAUGCCUUCAUUAUGACCCAGACUCUAAACAAUGUCUUCCGGCUCACCGACUUCUCAAGUCGUUUGACAGGAACUUCAAGAAACUUGACGCAGCACUGUCAGACGAGAAAUGGCGAGACAUCGUCAACCUCCUCAUCGGUUCCGAUUCAGAAUCAGGUUUCGCGGCCAAGUUUGAUGAGGCUCUUGCGCAACAUACUUCACCACAAGUCCUUAACCUUCCUUCUGACAUACCACUCCCGCCCCCAAAGCUCAUCUCCCCGAGAAGAGAAAUGAUCCUGCAUGCACUGUGUAAAGCCUAUACUCAGUUGAAUCAACCUGCCAAGGGUGAGCAGUACUGCAUAGAGCUGCUCAACAUGCAAGGGAUGGAGAACGAUAUGGACGGCCUUGUUGGACGUGCAGAGGCUGCUCUCAAGAAGGAAGAAUGGGAUGAUGCGGUCCGAAUGCUUGAAAAGGCCUUCGAAUCAAGUGGACGAUCAAACAGAGAUAUCCAUCAACGAUUGCAGCGAGCUCAGAAACUUCUCAAGCAGUCCCGGCAAAAGGACUACUACAAGGUAUUGGACGUAUCCCGAGAUGCCGACGCGAAGACCAUUAAGAAAGCUUUCCGGAAAGCCGCUAUGAAGGCACACCCAGACAAGGGCGGGAGUGAGGCAAAGAUGGCAACGGUCAACGAAGCCUACGAAGUGUUGAGUAAACCAGAGCUCCGUCAGCGGUUCGACAACGGCGAUGAUCCGAACGACCCAAUGGCCCAACAGGGUGGCCACCCCUUCCCAGGUGGUUUCCCCGGUGGCGGCAGUGGACAUCCAUUCGCGCAGUUCUUCCAGCAAGCUGGUGGCUUCCCCGGAGGAGGAGGCUUCCAAUUUCACUUCAGUCAUUAGGUUUAGUCAUGAUGAUCGACACGGACAGUUGUUACGCUCCCACUUAUUCGCUCUCCUUUUACUGCUUGUAGAUGUUGUAAUAUAUUGUAUCGAUAUGGAUUUUUGGCUUGGAAUUCACACAAACUCCGGAACAACGUUUGCGAUGAGUGAAUUUGAGAGAUGUGUAAGCUCGAUCGGUAUCAUACAGAAUGGGUCCACAAUCUAAUACAGAACGUGUAGAAUACAGAUCUAGAUCCUAAGUUAUGCAAAGUACAAUAAGCCAACAGACGCAAAUGACAGAUGCAAAUAGAUGGAGAUGUAAGAACCCUGAAAAGAAAAGAACAAACAACACCAGAGAUAGCUAUCCACCUUGUGUCUUCCCCCGUUUCCGAUUUGGACGUUUCGCAGGAGGUGCAGAAUCAUGCGUAGUUGUAGUGGGUGAUGCCGUAUCCGCAUUUUGCGCCUUGCGCUUCAAUGUAGCAGGUGCUACAUGAGGGGUAUUGGCACUUGCGCUCGGUGUAGAUGCAGCUGCAGGUGUUGUGGCAUUCGCAGGAGCUGACGUCGGCGUAGAUACAGCUGCUUGCGCUUGCGCCAGUGAACUUUUGGAAGUCUUCGGCUCGAUGGCAGAUGGCCCUGCUUGCGGUGCACUUGAGCCGGAUGCAGCACUUUGGGGGGCUGACGGCGUUGAGGCCCCCUGAUAUGAAGGUGAUGAUGGGUUUGCUACAACAUUAUUAUUAUCCGAUGAUACUGGUUGUUUGCCGUCGCUGCUCGCACCAUCUGUGUUCGAAGCACCUUGACCGACAAUGCUCAUGUUCGUUGACUGGGCGU